AUGGCGAUAUCCAUCUUCCUCUCCUGCCCGCAACCCAUCAACAAAGCUCAACAAGAAUUCAUCGACAAAGUAAGCCGAUGGCUGCAAGACCGGGGCAUGCUCCCACGCACCCUCGGCGUGACAGACUACAGCGACGUCGCUCCUCUGGAAGCCAUCCGCUCUCUGAUGGCCGGGUCCAACGGCCUGUUAUGCGUCGCUUUCCGUCGAACGCAUAUCGAAAAGGGUGAAAGAACCGUGCGCGUCGGGGCCGGCGGCCGCAACAAACUGGAAACCAAACCCAUCAACGACGUCUGGCUGACCAGCCCCUGGGCGCACAUUGAACCGGCCAUGGCCUACCAGAUCGGGCUGCCGAUCUUGAUCCUUCGAGAAGCAGGGGUGGUCGAGGACGGCGUGUUGGAGAAGGGCGUCAUAGGUAGUCUGUACAUGCCUGAAUUCGACCUGGACCUGGCCCUGGCCCCGGACUUCGACGAGCAGGAGCACUAUCUGAACUCCCAGGAGUGGGUGGCAAUCGGUAGACGGUGGGAGGCCCAUGUGAGGAAUGUCGUUGCCAACAAAGGGAGGCCGCCGAAGCUGUAUUGA